GUGUGCUGUGCAUUGCACUCAUUUCCCGCAAUAAAGCUAAAAUAAUCAGGCGAUUUUUGAAUCUUUGCAUUCCCGAUCAGCAACAAAAUUUCAUUUGAAGGUCUUUAGGGUGGAUCCGUAUUAGAAUUUUUAGAUCUGCGUAGAGAUUGAGAGAUGGAAUUGAUGAGUUUCGAAAGUGGGAAGCAUGGAGAGAAGUUGUGUGAGAUGACUGAUGUCGAGAAGAGGGACAGGUUGCUGCGGACUUACAGUGAGCUUUGCGAAGAGCAUUUUAAAGGAGUCCCAGAGGUUUCUAGCGAAGAGUUGCUACAGAUCUUGACCCACCAUGAUGCUGGUGUGCGCGCGUCUAUCGUUCUUGUGGACUGCCGUUCCGAAGCUGAGCAAUCCGUUUCGAUGCUUCCAGGGGCGGUGACUAUGGCGGAUUUAGAACAAAAUCUUGAUGAGCUUAAAGAUGUGGAGCUUAUUCCUUACUGUGCCAUUGGAAGGCGAUCGGGGUUUUUCACGAAGAGAAUUCUCGAGAAGAAUACCGGCGUUAAGAUAAGGAAUCAUGCAGGUGGAAUUCUCGAUUGGAGUCAUGUGGAGGGGCCGCUUGUCGAUCGGGGCACACAGCAUGCGAUCAAACAAAUGCACGCGGGUGGAGCUAACCACUUGAAACAUCUACCAAGCUCUGGCAAGCUUGAGAUCUUAUUGCCCAAGGAAGUAUGAUCACUGAUGAAUUUAAUUUCGAUCCAACAAGUGCAUGCGGGUAGAGCUCACAGGCGGUUCCAAACUAUUUCGGCAGAGAGCCUCUGUGAUACAAAAAAGAGAGCGAAACAAUUACCAAUGUAUGACAACCUUAAGAUACAGCAUGUGAAGGACUGCGCUGACGAAACCAGAAAGAAACUAAAUGUCAUAAACCAAUUACUGAAAUGAAACUCAAGUAUUUGCACAAUCUUCUUCUACAAAUGCAACUUUAAACCUAUCUAGAUCAUAGCCUAAUUCGUAGAAGAGAGAAGCUGAGAGGUAAAGUAGCAUCGUACCUUGAGAAACAGGAACAAAAUGGUUUGCAUUUAUGAGCUUUGUAGUAAUGCGUGAAUCCUGAGUGCAGUCAAGAUGACCGGGUAACUAAAAGCAUCUCAAAAUCCCAUCACCCAAAUAUCACCCAAAGAGAGCAAUAAACGUCUCAAUGAA